AGCUUUCGAAGCUCAAGAAAAUGUCACUGUCCCAGUGGUUCUGAAAAAAAAAAGUUUUAUUUGGAAAUAUUUUAUCAAAAAAAAUAAUCCUAGUGAACCUGGUAAAAUCAUGAUUUAUUCCCUUAAUCUUGUGAAUGGUAAACCAUGUCAAAAAACAUACACUGCUUUCAGCAGUACUAGCAAUGCUAUCCAACAUCUUGCAAGUAUUCAUGCUAUCAUUGAACAAGAAAAACUUCAUAUCAAGUCUAUAAAAAGUGGAAAUAUUAAAGAUAUGUUAGAAAUGCAAAAUCAACAACAUUUUCUUAAUUAUUUAAAUCUAAACUACAAAUUACCAAACGAAAAAAAUCUCAAACUUUUAAUUCAUCAAGCAUAUGAUUGGACUGAAGGAUUGAUGAAAGAACUUCUUUUAUCUUCCGCUAAGUACAUUUCACUCACCACUGAUUUAUGGACAUCUCGCGUCAAACAAGAAUAUAUUGGUAUUACUGCAUCAUUUAUGAAUUCUGAUUUUAAAAUUUAUGAUAUUUUGCUCAAGUUGGAAUAUUUAUCAUACCCACAUACUGCUGAAUAUAUUCGAGAUAAGAUUCAAUUAAUUAUUGAAAAAUGGAGCUUGCAGAAAAAAGUGAUUGCUAUUGUAACUGACAAUAGAUCAAAUAUGAUUAAAGCUAUAUUAUAUUUAAAUAAUAUUACGCGAAUACCAUGUACAGCACAUACACUUCAGCUCGCAAUUGGAAAAGGAUUAGCACUUGUCUUGGUUUUUAUUUCUCGCGCCAAAUGCUUAAACCAGUUUUUUACAUAUCCCAAACAAAUAGAAAGACUUCAAACAAUUCAGACUUCCUUAAACUAUCCAAAAAUUUUAGGUGUAGUUUGUGAUGAUAGUACAAUAAGAAAAGAUGAACAUUGUCUUAAAAAAAUUAAUUUUACGGAUGAUGAAUGGAUCUUUAUGAAAUAUUUGGUUAAUUUACUUGAAUUAUUUGAAGAAGCCACCAUUUUUUUAAGUAGUAGUAUCUAUGCGACACUUAGUCUAAUGCAUCCUAUCAUUUCUGAAUUACAAAAAGUAUUUGAAGAUAAAACUUUAUUAGUAUUAUCAGAAGCUAUAGAUUUUGCUAUAGAUACGAUCAUAUUAGAUAAUGAAGACGAACAAGAAUUUGUUGAACAACAAGAAAAUGAUGAAGAAAAAGUUAUCAAUCCUAUAACUCAAAAUUAUGUACAAAUUAAUCAGCCAAUGAUCACAGAGGGUGUAAUUGAAAGAAUUAAGAGUAUUAUUGUUCAAGCAUUACAUUAA